AUGUCCCCAGCAGAGGAACAGACCCCCAGCAAGGGGAGCGACCGCGAACCCGCAGAUCUCGCUCAGGUAUAUCAACCCGCCGCUUUCCCCCCUUCCGUCGCAUACCGCGAACUGGUAAAGGGCGAACAGGCCGCCACGGCUCUGGAGGCGAACCUGACUAAUCUCGAGUCCAAGCUCGAUGCCAUGCUGGCGGCGUUGGAGGAGAAGGCCAGUGGUGCCGAGGGCAAGGCACAGGGUGACGGAGAGAGUGGCAAGUAG